CAUAUUUUGGCUGGCUGUUUUGUCAGAUGUAUCUAUCAGAUGAUGUUUGACGUAUGUAAGUGAGUGUCGUUUUGUUGAUGACAGAGUUAGUGGCGUUGCUGUUUAUUUUCCAACAUGAGUUCGAAUUUUGGAAAAGAUAAUGACAUCAACGAUGAAAUUCUAUUAGAAGAUGGGCCACUUGUUGAUUUUCAUGGAGCGACGUUGCAGAUACAACAAGACUUGUUUCAAAGUCGAAGUCCUAGUAGUCUUGGGGACGAUAGUGAAUCUGCUGCGAAAUUAGCCAUAUCACCAGACAAUAUAAGCGAUUCAAGUAACCCUCAGCCAGGUAAACCCAUUAGACAAGCAGAAGAGCCCGGAAAGUCAACAGUGUGUAGUGGAUCUGAUGCUGUCUCCCCCAUAACUUCUAUUCCCAAGAAAAUAUCAGAAACACUUAGGCGAUCCAGGACCUCCAGUGCUGAAGCUUCUAAUAAUGGUAUUAUCUGUCAGAAUCCUGUUAUAGCUCAAGAAGAUGCUAAGGAUUUCUUCAGUUAUAGGGAUGGUUUAGUAGAAAAUGCUGUCAGAGAGAGUAUAAGUGAUAUUGUAUCCACUGAUUCAGAUGGUGCAAUCUUAGGAAAUUGGUUACUAACUGAAAUAAGCUUAUGGGAUAAUGAAAAAGAAAGAUUAAUACUUCUGACUGAAAAUUCACUGAUUACAGUUAAGUAUGACUUCAUAGCACUUAAACAGCUAGAACAUCGAAAAAUACCAUUGGAAACUGUUGAUACAUUGGUUAUUGGAGAUUUAAUAUACCCAUCAGGCUCCCUAGUACCAAGGCUCAACGGGUUGGCCACUGGUGUGGUGUCAGUGGUAAAAGGGUGUCUGUUGAAGCCCUUGCAAGAACGGUGGACACGUGUUCCCCCAGGAAACAGUGACUUCUGUGCUUCUCCAUUUGACUUCACUUGCUUUGAGCCGAGGUCACGUAAUAUGAGAGGUUUAAGAGCUAUGUGGAAUAGAGGUGAACCUCUAGCAUUUAGCAAGAAGUGGAAUCCUUUUAACAACGAAAUACCAUGGACUACGUUUUCUUCACAUCCACUCUUUUGGCAUAAAGAUAAGAUGGUGAAGAAAGACAGUGCUUUGUAUUGA